AUCCAAGGCAGCUUGUACUGCGUGCUUUGCAAUCUGCGCGGCAUUUGAGCUUACUGUGUGUAAAUAUUUAUUUAUUUAUUGUUUCAAGUGAUGUAUAAAGUGGUUUCAUGCAUCCACCUAAAUGUUCUAUGUGCUAGUGUAACGUGUUCACAUCAAAUACGCCUCAAAUUGCAGAUUUUCGUGCCGCGCGUGUGCUAAGCUGAGAUGCCGAUCAGCUGUUUGUGUAAUUUGUGUAAUAAAGCCGAAUAUAUCGAUAAGUGAAUAAAUAUUGCAAUCGUUUUCGCGGCUUGGUGAUUUGAUUUUGUUGUUUUUAAAAUAUAAGAUCAUUAAAUGCAAUUGAUGGUGUGAUGUUCUUUAAAGUUGUGUUUUUGUGUUAUUGUUCGGCAACAUGCAAGCUCGUGUUUGAAAUUAGCUUGUUAAAAUAAAUCGCAUUUGCGUGUAGUGUUUGUGAUUGAUCAGCUGAAUAGUCUGUAAAGACUUCAGACUGCGGACUUAAUUGCAUUUGCCAAAAGGCGCGCCCGCUGCUGCUUUGCAUUUAGAUUUCAUUGUUUGACAGCAGCUGAAAGAUACGUACCGUUCGCGCAGCAGACGAGACGCCGGCCAGCCGCACGCCCUCGACGCCGAGUUGGCCAAGAAGGAAAUUUUGCGCGAGUUCGGGCCACAGGCUUGCAUACUCGAGGAGCCGUGCCGCAUGCAUGCCGCACGCUCAGCCAGCCAACGACGUUCUGGCUUUGCGGGCAACGCAGCGCCACAUGCGCCCUGGUCCGAGGUCUUGAGUCAAAAUGCGCUUCAAGGAGUAUCCCGAAAUAGUUGUGGAUGUCAUACCAAAGCUGUACGAGAGCCACAUCAAGGUCUUCAUCACGCAUCUCUAUGGCAUGCAGGACAAGCUGGAGCGACUGCCCAAGCAGUUCUGCAAGAUGUACACCACCCAGCCGCUGGCCAAUCAGCUGCUCAGCUACCUGAGCAGUCGUGGUGCCAAGGUGUCCCAGCAGGACUUCCAUAUAGUCAAGGAGGCGCAGCCCUUGCAGCUGCGCCUCAGCGAUGGCAAGCGACUGGAGCUGAUGCUCUGUGCCGGCAAUGAAAUCGGCAACAGCCUAAUGCUGCUCAUCCGCAAGCCGCAAGGCGGCCGAUUGCUCUUCUACUACUCAGCCGUGCAGCAGGAUGAUCUC